AUGAGGCCCGCUGCGCUGCGGUUCCCAGACCCCAUGCCCCUGGAAGACGGAGGGCCCGUCACGGUGAAGCUCGAGGACUCUGAGGAGGAGAGCGAGGCUGCUCGCCUGCGCUUCCGGCAUUUCUGCUACCAUGAGGCAGCUGGGCCCCAUGAAGCCCUGGCCCAACUGCGUGAGCUCUGCCGCCAGUGGCUACAGCCUGAGGCGCGCUCCAAGGAGCAAAUGCUGGAGUUACUGGUGCUGGAGCAGUUCCUGGGUGCACUGCCCGCCGAGAUCCAGGCCUGCGUGCGAGGGCAGCAGCCCAGAAACCCCGAGGAGGCUGUGGCCCUUGUUGAGAGGCUGCGUCGGGAGCAGGGUGGCCCACGGAGAUGGGUUACAGUCCAGGUAUGGGGCCAGGAGGUGUUAUCAGAGAAGACAGAGCCCUCCAGGUUCCAGCCCCAGACACCAGAGCCUGGGCCAGUGACACACCAGGGGGCCAUGCACGAGUUGCCUCUGCGCCUUCAGGUGAAAGAGGAGCCAGAGGUCACAGAGGACCCAGCUCCCCUGGAGUCUGAGGCUCAUGCUACUGCCCAGAAGACCCUACCCACCCUCCUGCCUGCAGAUGGCCAGAGCUCUGGGACAGUGCUGGAGCACACCUCUUCCCACAGUACGGCUGCGCCUGAGGGACCCUUAUGGAGGGAACACCCAGAGGCUCUGUGGCAGGAAGAAGCUGAGGACAGUUUCUCUCCAGAGUUUGCUUUCCGAAUGGACAGUGAACCCACAGAUCCAGUAACCGUGAACCCCCAUCUCUACAUCCCCUGGGAACUCAGGGUGUCUGGACACACAGGCCUCCCUCACCGACUUGUGCUGCCCAGUAAUCCAGGAGAUGACGAGCCCACUGGCGAGGAUCCCCAGUGCGGUCCCGGACCUUUGCCAGCCGCUGACCACUGGCGGGCCCCUAGAGGCCGCGGCCGGGGCCGCCCCAGCACAGGCUCCAGCGCAGUGCGGGGCGGCCGCUGCGAUGUGUGUGGCAAGGUGUUCAGCCAACGCAGCAACUUGCUACGUCACCAGAAGAUCCACACUGGUGAGCGUCCAUUUGUGUGCGGCGAGUGCGGCCGCAGCUUUAGUCGCAGCUCACACCUGCUGCGCCACCAGCUCACACAUACCGAGGAACGUCCAUUCGUGUGUGGGGACUGCGGCCAGGGCUUCGUGCGCAGCACGCGUCUGGAGGAACACCGCCGCGUGCACACCGGGGAGCAGCCCUUCCGCUGUACCGAGUGCGGCCAGAGCUUCCGACAGCGCUCUAACCUGCUACAGCACCAGCGCAUCCACGGCGACCCCCCAGGCCCGGGCGCCAUACCCCUCCAGCCGCCCAGCGCGCCCGAGCCCCAAGGCCCCUUCCCCUGCAGCGAGUGCCGGGAGAGCUUCACGCGGCGCGUUGUACUACUGGAACACCAGGCAGUGCACACGGGCCACAAGUCCUUCGGUUGCGUCGAGUGCGGCGAGCGCUUUGGCCGCCGCUCGGUGCUGCUGCAACACCGGCGCGUGCACAGCGGCGAGCGGCCCUUUGCCUGCGCUGAGUGUGGCCAGAGUUUCCGGCAGCGCUCCAACCUCACUCAGCACCGGCGCAUCCACACUGGUGAGCGGCCCUUUGCCUGCGCUGAGUGCGGCAAGACCUUCCGCCAGCGGCCUACGCUCACACAGCACAUUCGCGUACACACAGGCGAGAAGCCCUUUGCGUGUCCCGAGUGCGGCCAGCGCUUCAGCCAGCGCCUCAAGCUCACGCGCCACCAGCGAACGCACACUGGCGAGAAACCCUACCACUGUGGUGAGUGCGGCCUAGGCUUCACGCAGGUGUCCCGGCUCACCGAGCACCAACGCAUCCACACAGGUGAGCGGCCCUUCACCUGUCCGGAGUGCGGCCAGAGCUUCCGGCAGCACGCCAAUCUCACACAGCACAGGCGUAUCCACACAGGGGAGCGGCCCUUCUUGUGCCCCGAGUGUGGCAAAGCCUUCCGCCAGCGGCCAACGCUCACACAGCACCUGCGUACUCACCGGCGUGAGAAGCCCUUCGCUUGCCAGGAAUGCGGCCGCCGCUUCCACCAGAGUACUAAGCUCGUCCAGCACCAGCGUGUCCACAGUGCACAGUAA